GUGCUCGCAAGGCACUCUUUGAGCCGAGAGGUAAUGCUGCUAUAGUCAUCAUAGAUUGAAUAACGGGUACGCUGAUGUCGUUGCCGAGUCUUUUUAUAUAGACUGUAAUGUUUGAGUCUCGCAGCUCCGUCCUCUGUUACUUACAUUUGUGCCUGCCAGUGUUGCCUUGUUGCCCUGAUCCUGAUUCGCUUGAACUUCGGAAGAAGGGAACUGAUAUUUUCGGGCCGAAUAACGUUCCGAAUGCCGGUAGGCUUCAAGCUUCCGCAGAGCGUCCAAAUCGGAGGUUAUCCUCGCUUAAAGAUGUUCCUCCGAUCCUCUUCCUUGUGAAUGUGAAAGCCAGGUGUAGUGCUGCGUGUAUAAAAUACCCAGAGCCUCUCGUUAUGCAGGCAUUUCCGUUCACAACAUAUUGGCGGCGCAGCUUUCCCUGCUGUACACGCGUAAUCAAGUGCAUCGUGGUGACCGGGGGGAUCUGGUACGCCAUUCAUAUCGUUACUCUUGGUUACUUAUUUACUUCCGCUGAAAACUUAUAUCUGGGCUGUUCUGGAUCUACAUACACACAAGUUGCAAAUAUCGGCAUUCAAAUAUCGCAGUCCGAGGGAUCCAGUACAUAACGAUCUCGAUGUUUAACGUGAAAAAUGAGAGGUCGAGGUUCCAGGAGGUUCCACAGCCAAAUGGCAGCGAGCGAAAAGCAAAAGAAGGCCUUCGAAACAGCGAGGCUGGAUUUUGAAUUGAUUCCGCGUGCCUCGUGAAAGAUUGCGAUA